AUGGAGGAAGGAAUGAACGUUCUCCACGACUUUGGGAUCCAGUCCACUCGCUACCUCCAAGUGAAUUACCAAGACUCCCAGGACUGGUUCAUCUUAGUGUCUGUGAUCGCUGACCUCAGGAACGCCUUCUAUGUCCUCUUUCCCAUCUGGUUCCAUCUUCAAGAGACUGUGGGCAUCAACCUCCUCUGGGUGGCAGUGAUUGGAGACUGGUUCAACCUCGUCUUUAAGUGGAUUCUUUUUGGACAUCGCCCGUAUUGGUGGGUCCUGGACACCGACUACUACAGCAACAGCUCCGUGCCUCUGAUAAAGCAGUUCCCUGUUACCUGUGAGACUGGACCAGGGAGUCCCUCUGGCCAUGCCAUGGGUGCAGCGGGUGUAUACUAUGUUAUGGUCACAUCUACUCUUGCUAUCUUUCGUGGAAAGAAAAAGCCAACGUGUGGAUUCCGGUGUUUGAACGUCAUCUUGUGGUUGGGAUUCUGGGCUGUGCAACUGAACGUCUGUCUGUCCCGGAUCUACCUUGCCGCUCACUUUCCACACCAGGUUGUGGCUGGAGUCUUGUCAGGCAUUGCUGUGGCCGAAACCUUCAGCCGCAUCCGGGGCAUCUACAAUGCCAGCCUCCAGAGGUAUUGUCUCAUCACCUUCUUCCUGUUUGGCUUCGCGCUUGGAUUUUACCUGCUGCUAAAAGGGCUAGGGGUGGACCUCCUGUGGACUUUGGAGAAAGCCAAGAGAUGGUGCGAGCGGCCCGAAUGGGUCCACCUUGACACCACACCCUUUGCCAGCCUCUUCAAAAACCUGGGGACACUCUUGGGGUUGGGGCUGGCCCUCAACUCCAGCAUGUACCGGAAGAGUUGCAAGGGAGAACUCAGCAAGUCGCUCCCGUUCCGCUUUGCCUGCAUCGUGGUCUCCUUGGUCUUCCUGCAUCUCUUUGACUCUCUGAAGCCCCCAUCCCAGAUUGAGUUGAUCUUCUACAUCUUGUCUUUUUGCAAGAGCGCGACAGUUCCCUUCGCAUCCGUCAGUCUUAUCCCCUACUGCCUAGCUAGGGUCCUGGGAAGGACACACAAGAAGUCUUUGUAA